UGUUGUUCCAUAGUUUAACCAUCCAUGUGCAGCUUGCCGGCUUCCACAUGCUCCCACGCAAUAUAACAAUGGCUUCUUUUUGGUAGUCACCUUCCUUUGGUCCCAUACUGUCUAUUCCAUGGAAGAUGGCUGUUACUGCCAUUUUUAAUAUUAAAAAAGGAGCCCAAUUUCAUGGAACAAACAGACAAUCAAUGUCUUCGGUUAUGUAUAUGUAACUGUUUGAUGAUCAAUCAAAUUUUAAGAUGUAAAAGCCAUGAGUUAGCAAACAUGGGCUGGUUCUUACAUAUGCAGGGAUAUGCCCUGCUGACAAUACAAGCACACUUCGAUCAACUGAGGCCAACUCCUUGCACGGAUGUUUCGAAACAAUGCGAGGCUGCAAAGAGUGGCCAAGCAGCAAUUCUUUACACUGGUCUAUACCUAGUAGCGCUAGGGACCAGCGGGGUUAAGGCGGCUUUGCCAUUGCUGGGAGCUGACCAGUUCGACAGAAACGACCCUAAAGAGGCAGCUCAACUUUCAAGCUUUUUCAACUGGUUCGUGUUUAGCUUGACUGGUGGAUCUAUAGCUGGUGUGACCUUUGUUGUGUGGAUAAGUUCUAACAAGGGUUGGGAUUGGGCGUUCGGGGUGUGCGGUUUAGCAGUCUUGCUUGCAAUUAUGUCUGUAUGCAUUGGCAAGCCAUUUUAUAGGGAUAAUGCCCCUCGAGGAAGCCCCAUAAUUCGAAUCCUACAGGUAUUUGUGGCUGCCAUCCGCAACCAAGACCUUCCAAAACCAAAGAAGGAAGAUGAACUACAUGAGAUUUAUGACAAAGGAACAGUGGUGAUGCCUACUGAAAUUCUUCAGAGAACCAAUGAAUUCAGAUUCUUGGAUAGAGCAGCAGUGAGUAGGAUCCCUUGGGAUGAAUCAGCAGUAACUCCAGGCCCUUGGAGGCUUAGCACAGUGACCCAAGUUGAAGAAACAAAGAUUCUACUUCGCAUGCUCCCGAUUGUACUUAGCACUGUUUUCAUAAAUACUUCUUUGGCUCAACUCCAAACUUUCUCCAUACAACAAAGCAUGACCAUGGAUACUCAUAUCCUUGGUUUUAAGAUCCCUGCUCCCUCCCUCCCUGUCAUUCCCCUGGGGUUCAACUUCAUUUUUAUAGCAAUUUAUGACCGCAUUUUCGUUCCAAUUGCCCGAAGAAUAACAGGAAUUCCCACUGGAAUCCGAUAUCUUCAGCGAAUUGGAGUUGGACUGGUGCUCUCAACCAUUUCCAUGGCAAUUGCUGGAGUCAUGGAAACCCGGCGCAAAUCUGUGGCUGUUCGACACAACAUGGUAGACUCUACAGAACCACUACCAAUGAGUGUGUUUUGGCUUGGAUUCCAGUAUGCUGUAUUCGGGUUGGCUGAUAUGUUCACAUUGGUAGGGCUGCUAGAGUUCUUCCAUGCAGAGAGCUCAGAUGGAAUGAAGGGAACGAGCACAGCUAUCUCAUGGUUUUCACUAGCAUUUGGGUACUAUACAAGCUCAGUGGUGGUGGAGGUAGUGAACAAGGCCAGCGGGGGUUGGUUGGCUUCUAACAACCUGAACAGAGACAAGUUGAACUACUUCUACUGGUUAUUGUCGGCGUUGAGUGCUGUUAACUUUGUUAUUUACUUGGUGUGUGCCUCUUGGUACAAAUAUAAGAACGUGGAAAUGAAGCGAGAAGAAAACCCUUCUGCUGGUAAUACCAUGGACUAGGAUUUAUGAUCAACGGUUUCCUCAUGCAAUUGCUCCUAUAUUGAUGUUUACGUACCUGUAUUGAGUAGUUAAUUUACAUGAAUAAAGAAACAAUAUAAGAAUCACCAAUUCAAAAUAUGGCUUGAGUUAAACUUUUAUAGAUACAAGAUAAUUGGGGUAAGGGCGGUG